AUGGUGACCGAAAGAAGCAUAGCUUGUGCCUCUUGGAGUUUUCCUUACAACUUUGAAAGCCCCAGUGCUUCCCAGGUCGCGGCAGCCCAUGUAAACGGAACCUUGCUUCUACCAUUGCCUCGGAACGGCUACAAAGUGAGUCAAGUCGACUCAGCCGUUGGUGGUGUUGAUUUCAUGGAUGGUAACUGGGACAUGGACGAGAUCGCCUUCCCCCAAGGCGCUGCCCUCGAUGACCCAGACUCUACUUCCCUUCUUGCUGAAUUGGAUCGCUUCACUGCUCUUCUGCAGCGCCGCCCA